AUGGACAAUUUCAGAUAUGUUCAUAAACAAUAUAACAAAAGUGAAAUAGGGAGCGACAGUAACGUAGAUUCAUCAUUGCGUUCAUCGUUUGGGAAAAAUAUUAUUCUUUGUUUUGAUGGAACAAGAGAAAAUUUUGGGCCUCAGCCCUUCACUAAUAUUUUAAAGUUAUACCGCCUUCUCGAAAACAGUGAUGACUCUGAACAAGUUUGCUAUUAUCAACCUGGAAUUGGUUCAGUUGGAUUUGACGCUGUUGUUGAUGUAAGAAGACGGUUAACUUUUUCGCAUUUACAAAAUUUAUUGGAUUCUAUGUUUGCUUUUAGUUUAGACAACCACAUAUGUUCUGCAUACCUUUUCUUGAUGAAGUAUUUUGAACCAGGAGAUAAAAUUUAUAUGUUCGGUUUUUCUAGAGGGGCUUUUAUUGCUAGGGUACUUGCCGGAAUGAUUGAAAGGGUUGGCCUCUUGAAGAAAGGGUUGGAAGAAAUGGUUAAAAUGGCCUGGCAAAUUUAUGAGAGAUGGGAAUACGACUCACAGCCAAAUCAACUACAAUACACAGGGACUUUGGCCGAAGAGUUUAAGAAGACAUUCUCAAGGGACUAUGAGGUGAAGAUAUAUUUCCAGGGUUUGUUUGAUUCGGUAAACUCAGUGGGAAUAUUAAGGGACCGUUUGUUUCCUUGUACCCAAAGAAGCAAUAUUGUGGAACAUGUUCGUCAUUGUGUAUCCCUAGAUGAAAGACGUGGAAAAUUUAAACAGUUGUGUUUCACGCCGAUGCCUUACAUUCCAAAACUACUCUCAUUGACAUACGUUACAAACUUAUCUGACCAGUGCUCACCAAUGCCAUUCUCAGAUUCAUCGAAGCAGGUUUUGGCCCAAGAAAAUCCUUUGAUCAAAUACACUGUAAAAAGCAGUUCGCAUUCCAUUAACGAAAUAUCACCACUCUCUCCAAAUAAUCAUGGGAAGGUACUAUCGAGUAAAAGUGAGGAAACUACAGAGCUCUUGCUGGACUUAAAUACGUUUCUAGAAAACAAUUCAUAUUCAAGAGAUACUGGGUGUUCAACUAGAGGUAUUGAGGCUAUUUUCCAACUUCGAUCUAACCAAGGUAGUGGAACCUCGAGCAGAAUGACUAUGACACCAGACCUGGUAGAAAAAUGGUUCCCAGGUGACCACUCUGAUGUUGGCGGAGGUUGGGCCCCUGAUUGUGAGACAGAAGAAAAUUUAUCUAACUUACCACUACGGUGGAUCUUAGCGGAAGCAAUCAAAUUUGGAGUCAAGUUCAAACCUGGUUCGAUACAUGAGUAUGCCGCUAAACAUACUUCAAUUGGAUCUCUGUUUGCGGACGCUCAUGACUAUCUUGAUUUCGGUUCACCGAGGAAAGGUUCUAGGUCAAAUGUGAUGGACGAUAAUUAUGAGACUCAUCAUGAGGAGUUUGAUAGGAUUAAGAAAAUGGAAGAUUCUCUGAACCAAAUAAAAGAGACUCGACUGAGUUUAAAAGAUGAGGAAGAAAAAAUAAAGGAUGCCUUUACCCUCAAAUGCGGACAUGCGAAUAGGUUUAUAAGGGUGGUAUGGUGGAUAUUAGAGAUGCUUCCCAUUGGAAUAAGGAUGGAGAAUAAACAAGGGAAAUGGCAAAACUUUCAUGUGCCCAAUCUUGGGAGAUCUCGUUAUGUACCAGAGUACGUUAGUUUGCAUUGGUCAGUCUACUGGAGAAUUAAACUUGAUCGUGAGUACAGACCAAAUAAUUUGCCCGAAUAUGUCAGGCAACUAUUCCAAGAUUUUGAGGGUAUUGAUUUAAAAACUAAUAAAAUUAUAGAUAAAUAUAAUGGCCAAGUUCGAGGUGAGGAGACUAGGAUCGACGAAGGACCUCCCGAUGAUGAAGAAUCGCAGCUCCGCUUGGGACAAAAAGCGAGCUAUUUUGCUACCAUAUCCAACGCAAGGUUAUUCGACACCAAAUAUUCCCAUUUAAAAAAGAAAUUUUUGGACUGGGCUGGCAGUUCUUGGGGCGAAAUUCCAGAUGAUUUAGAAAUACACUUGAAACAUGACGUAUCCUUAUAA